AUGAGUAACAACUCAACAUGUAUUCAACCAUCCAUGAUCUCUUCCAUGGCUUUACCGAUCAUUUAUACCUUCCUUUGUAUCAUUGGUCUCUUUGGAAAUUCUCUCUCUCAGUGGGUAUUUUUAACAAAAAUAGCUAAGAAAACACCAACGCACAUCUACCUAGCACAUCUUGUGACUGCAAACUUGCUUGUGUGCAGUGCCAUGCCUUUCAUGGGUAUCUAUUUCCUGAAAGGUUUUCAAUGGGAAUAUCAAUCUGCGAAAUGCAGGGUGGUCAAUUUUUUGGGAACUCUAUCCAUGCAUGUAAGUAUGUUUGUCAGCCUCUUAAUUUUAAGUUGGAUUGCCAUAAGCCGCUAUGCUACCUUAAUGAAAAAGGAUUCCACACAAGAGACCACUUCGUGGUACGAGAAAAUAUUUUAUGGCCAGUUACUGAAAAAAUUUCGCCAGCCCAACUUUGCUAGAAAACUAUGUGUUUACAUAUGGGUAGUUGCUCUAGGCAUAAUUAUUCCAAUUAUCAUAUACUACUCAGUUGUGGAGGCCACAGAAGGAGAAGAGACCCUGUGCUACAAUCCGCAGAUGGAACUAGGAGCCAUGAUCUCUCAGACUGCAGGCCUCAUUGGAACCACAUUUAUUGGAUUUUCAUUUUUAGUCGUACUAACAUCAUAUUACUCUUUUGUCAACCAUCUGAGAAAAAUAAGGACCUGUACAUCCAUUACAGAGAAAGAUUUGACUUAUAGCUCUGUGAAAAGGCACCUUUUGGUCAUCCAGAUUCUACUAAUAGUUUGCUUCCUUCCAUAUAGCAUUUUUAAACCCAUUUUUUUUGUUCUACACCAAGGAGCGGACUGUCAGCAAUUGAAUUAUUUAAUUGAGAUAAAAAACAUCCUCACCUGUCUUGCAUCAGCCAGAAGUAGCACAGACCCCAUUAUAUUUCUUUUUUUAGAUAAAACAUUCAAGAAGACACUAUAUGAUCUCUUUACAAAAUCUGAGUCACCACAUAUACAAUCCUCUGGUUGA